AUGAGAGAAGGUGACAUGCAAGGGUAUGUGGAGCCCAGUGCUAUUCGAAUGAAAGUAUCUAAAUCAUUUGAUGACGACAGUUCAUUGUCAAAAAAUAAUUCAAACGUUACCAGUGGUGAUUUCGAUUCUGGUGUUGGUAUGAAUACAAGGAAGAACCAGGUUGCAUCCCAGAAUAUUACUAUGAAUAAUCCCAUUUACAGUAUGAAGGCUAAGUUUGGUAUUAGAUCUCCCUCGGUUCCGAAUUUUCAAGAUUCUUUAUAUAGUGGGAAUAACAACAGUACACCUAUAUUGAAUAAUAGUAGGCGAUUUGAUCCAGGUAUUAAUAAAAACGAGUCAAAUAAUAUGGACACUAGAAAAUAUUGGAAAGAAAAUGCAGAUGUGGAUAGCGCUAAGGAGACGCCUAUAGACAAUAACAAAACUCACGAUGAUCCUGCAAUGAGCGUGAUUGAUCUAUAUAAUGACGAUGAUGGGUAUUCCCGGAAUAAUAGGAGCUCUAUGGGCCAUCAGCUUGAAGAUUAUCAUUUGGAAUCAGAUGAUGAGGAAGAUGAGGAUUCUGAAAACAAUCAUGAGUCAUCAGAAAUGUUGGCAGCUGUUAGCAACGCCGAGUUUCUACCCAAAAGUAUUACUUUAAAUCGUAAAGAACUGAAUACAGAGCAUUGUGAUAGAUAUGGUUUUAAAAAAAAGAAUAAUUAUGUAUCAGAAGAAACGUAUAAUGCUUGGUGGGAAGAUUAUUCGGGAUAUUGUAUUAGAAGGAAGCAUAAGUGGUUAUUAUUGUUGCAGAAAUCUGGUUUGCCAGUCCAUAAUGAUAUUCCGGUGAGGUUCCCUCCACAUAGUGAAAAACUUAAACGGUAUGUCAGAAAAGGUAUUCCUGCAGAAUGGAGAGGUAAUGCUUGGUGGUAUUUCGCUAGAGGCCAAGAAAAAUUAAAUAAGAAUAAAGAUGUAUAUUCAAAUCUCUUGUUAAAAAUGGGUAAUUUAGAAGAUGAGACUCAAAAGGGAAAAAUUCAAGAUUUAGAUGUCAUUGAAAGAGAUUUGAAUAGAACAUUUCCGGAUAAUAUACAUUUUCAAAAAGAAGCGUUUUCAACUAAAGAACCAGUCAUGAUUAAAUCGUUACGUCGUGUGUUGGUAGCAUUUUCAUUAUAUAAUACAAAAAUUGGUUAUUGUCAGUCUAUGAACUUUUUAGCUGGUUUGUUACUAUUAUUUAUGGACGAAGAAAAAACAUUCUGGAUGUUAGUAAUUAUAACAUCAAGAUAUCUACCGGGUGUACAUAAUGUUAAUCUAGAAGGUGUGAAUAUUGACCAAGGUGUCUUGUUGUUGUGUAUUAGAGAAUAUUUACCUGAAUUAUGGACUGAGAUUGAAUCCUCAUAUAACGGUUAUACAAAGAAUACACCAAACAAUAGUGCUAAUUCUAAAAACCUAUUUUUAUUGAAGUUGCCUCCAAUUACACUAUGCACUGCCAGUUGGUUUAUGAGUUGUUUUAUUGGUGUGCUACCAAUUGAAACUACAUUAAGGAUAUGGGAUUGUAUGUUUUAUGAAGAUUCACAUUUUCUAUUUAAAGCUUCACUUGCUAUCUUUAAAAUUUGUGAACCUGACUUGCUAAAGGGUAAGCCUUCUCAUCGGUCAUUUAGUCAAUAUAGUCUGACAAAUACUAAACAGCAUCGCAGUAAUGCUUGUCAGGAUGAUUAUGAUAUGCAAAUGUUUCAAGUCAUACAGACAUUUCCAAAAACUAUUAUUGACCCUAAUGAUAUAUUCGAAAAAGUGAUCUUUAAAAGAAGGUUACAAUUAAAUAGGCUUGAUCAAAAUGAGAUAGAUAAAUGUAGAAAAUAUGUUGCGGUUCAAAGACAAAAACAUAAGAAUUACGAUGAUAUCAUUGGCAAACUAGGAAAUACUAGUCCGUUCGAUGAGAAAUCGGAUGAACAAAACUUGCAUGGUGGAAAGUUUAUAGAUAAUUCCAUAAAUAUUCUUGGAAAAGAUUUGAAGAUGACAAGUGAGAUGGUGAAUGAAGCUCUCUCAUCUGAAGUUUAUGAUUUCAAAAGAGGAUUUUCAGGUGUAAAUUGGAAUAACAGCAUUAAAGAGAGAGUUAAGCAUAUGCGUAAAAAAAAAUGA